AUGUCGAGGAUACCGCUUUCAGAAAUCCAGUGUGUCUGGACCUGCGAGUCCGAUUUCUUAAUGUCCACGUUGGUGUCUGAUCCCGUGAUCCAGAACACACCAGCACUAGACUCGCCUCCAACGCCAAUCAUGAAUGGAAUAGAGCCGUACAUUGGAUAUUUGCUCUGGGUCUCGUACUCAAAGAUAUCCACAUUGUACAGUCGGUAUGGCUCUGUUUCCGAGGUAUCCUUCAGGGACAACGAGUCUGCAUGUUCUGGGAUACCGUACACGGCCUUGGCACCCAAGAACGAAACGUCCAGAGCAACGGAUUCCGGCCCAAAUGGAAGCUUGUCGUCCCUUGAGUCUUUGAAACUAUCGGUGUACGAAUCAAAAGUAGACUCUUCAGGUGCGAUGUGGAUUGAAUUCUCCCUGGACUGUUCCUCUCUUGUUCUGCUCGCUUUGCAGAGCGUAUUUCCACGCCUCGUUGUAUCUUUUCGGAUUGACGUGGGUCACCGGUGGGGAUCUAUGGACCUCGUCCACCUGGACACGCAGAUUGGCGUCCUGGAGGGUGGUCAAGUGGAGGUCAAGGGGGACAAACGUACCAUCAUUGAGCAUUUUGAGCAACGUAGCGUGGAGAUGGCCGCCGUCGUGAUCAAUUUUCAGCGACUCAAGAUCGACAGAGUACCGAGACUGGUCGGUGAACAGUUCUGGGGCCAGAUCUGUAAUGAACAUGGUAUCCUGCUGGAUGGUACAACAUCGCCAGAAACACAAAAUACUUAUAGAGAAGACCAAACAGACAUUUUUUUCCAAAGAAAUGACAACAACAGAUACACGCCGCGUGCGAUUCUUAUUGACAUGGAGCCACGAGUGAUUAAUAACAUCAAAUCUAAUACCGGCAGUCUUUUCAACCCUAAGAAUAUAUAUGUUUCAGCCGAAGGUGGGGGAGCAGGAAACAAGUGGGCCGAAGGUUAUAACCACGCACACAAACACAGAGAGGAACUAAUGGAUAUGUUGAGUCGAGAAAUGGAUGCGUGUGACUCGUUUGAGGGAUUCCAGCUUAUUCACUCCGUUGCUGGAGGAACGGGUGCCGGUAUAGGUUCCUUUUUGCUCCAGGAACUCAGCGAUCGAUUUUCGAAAAAACUGAUCCAAACGUACUCUGUGUUUGGUGCAUCUGAGGUGGUGGUUCAGCCAUACAAUACUGUGCUUACGUUGAAAAGACUGAUAGAGAACUCUGAUGCAAAUAUCGUGUUUGAUAAUAAUGCUCUCAUGUCCAUAGCGUCCAACAACCUCCAAGUGACGAGUCCCUCGUACAACGACACAAACAAGCUAAUUUCCACAGUGAUGUCUGCGGCAACCAACACCCUCCGUUUCCCUGGGUACUCAUACAACUCGUUGACGAGUAUCUUGUCGACGCUGAUCCCAUCGCCAGAUCUCCAUUUCUUAAUACCGAGCUACACCCCAUUCACAAGCGAUUAUGUGAGCAACGCGCACGAGAUCAGAAGAAGCACGGCGUAUGAUGUGAUUUUGGAAGUGCUUGACAAGAAGCUGCGUAUGUGCAGUUCCAGCGACACGGGGAUGAACCUGUCUGUUCUGGACAUCAUCAUCGGGGAAAUCGACCAGUCCGAUGUGCAGAAGGCACUAGUGAAGGCCCGAACGCGGCUGAACUACGUUCCAUGGAGCUCUUCGGCCAUCCACAUGGCGCUUGGCAAAAAGUCUCCAUUCCACAACAAAACCAGCAAGCAGGUGAGCGGACUGAUGCUUUCAAACUCGACGUCAAUUCUGAAGCUGCUGAAAAAGACUUUGAGCGAAUACGAUCAGCUCAAGAGCCGUGGAGCGUUCCUGAAUAACUACACGAAGGGAGACUACGAGUUUGAUCACGGCGACAUCAGUCUGGAAUUUGACGAGUCGCGCGAGGUACUCAAGUCCACAAUGAGCGAGUAUCGUGACAGUGAGGAGAUCGGGUACCUUGACGAGAUCGAUCCGGAUGAGGAGGCCGGCUCUGACUCGGCCCCGGUGGUAGCAGGGGAUGUAGAAAUGACAUAA